UUUUAUUACGCGUGUGCGCGCGAACAAUCAAUGCGCGUGAUCAAUAGACCGCGUGUGUGGGGGGAACUGAAUUGUGCCUGCGAGCUUUUAGGGUUCUUUCUUAUCCGCAAUAUUAUAUAUUAUUUUUGUUGCACCCUGGAGCGCUGUAAACCUAAGAGGGAUGCGCGUAUACGCGAAAUAAACUGCGCGGGUCUCCUUAAAACUCGUGUCUUGGGGAAUAUCUUAAUUAUAGGGAGUGCUUGAAGCCAGGUGCGUUCCAGUGCCACUGUCUGGAGAUCAUGAAGAUGCACUGUUUGUUGUGUGUCGAUGACAGUUGGCCGAUGGUGACCCAGCACGUGACAUGCUCUCUGUUGCUUCCAGGAGGGAGAUCAACCUGGACCGCAACACAGCUGCGGCUCUAGACCGGGGUGGCCGAGGGCAACAGAGAGCCUCUCAACUUCUCUCCAACUGCUCGGUGCUAUUUUUGCCAUGGACUUCGCCUCUUCAAUGGGUUGAUUAUACUUUUAUUAUUUCCAGGUAUCGGCACCGGUGACAUUUCCGUGGGAACAGGCGGUGCCCGGUAGCGAUAGGCUGCCGUGGUUUUUUUUUUUUCUUUUUUUUUCCUUUUCUUUUUUUUUUUUUUUUUUUUUUUUCCGCGCGCUUUAGCGCACAGCCCUGCGCGAGCGCGCUCCUCAUCAGGGGUGGUCUCAAGCUUCGUGACAGCAACUCAGAUGUGAUUUCUCUUUAGGAGUAAAAAAAAAAAAUAAAAAUAAAAAACAAAAAUCACGCAGGCAAAGAAGAGAAGCGUCUUUUGUUUCUAUGGAAGUGCGAGAAAAAUGAAGAGGAGCAGCCUCUGAUGUCCGCGCGCGCGGGAGGGUUCGUGCUCAAGUUAUCCGUGAUCACUGUCGCUUUUUGAACUUGUUGCUGUUGCUCCUCGAUUCCCACAUUCCUAGAGUAAUUUUUUUUUUUUUUUUGGUAGUAUUCUAAAGGAAGAAAAAAAAAAAAACAGCUUAAGAUCUAGAGGAGGGGAGCAAGGAAUUCUGCGGGAUUGCAAUACGGAAGGAAAAGGAACCUUAUGAGUCUCUAUUAAAUGUAGAGUUUCACGUGGAGAUGUCUUUCCAUGGUCACGCCGUAGCCCUGUAACCACGGACACGGGACUCCUGAUUGCCCCCAGCUGGACCUAGUUGCACACAGCCGGUGAUCAUGGCAGCAGGAGUGGCGGCAUGGCUUCCUUUUGCACGUGCUGCAGCCAUCGGGUGGAUGCCCGUGGCAAGCACACCCAUGCCAGCACCCCCCAGGGAGAAGAGGAGGACCCAAGAUGGUCUCAUCAUUCUCAAUGUGAGUGGGACCAAGUUCCAAACUUGGCGAAAUACUCUGGAACGCUAUCCAGACACACUUCUGGGGAGCACAGAGAGGGACUUCUUCUUCCAUGAAGAAACCAAUGAGUACUUUUUUGACCGAGACCCUGACAUCUUCAGGCACAUCCUGAACUUCUACCGCACUGGCAAGCUGCACUACCCACGCCACGAGUGCAUCUCAGCAUAUGAUGAGGAGCUUGCCUUUUUUGGAAUCAUACCAGAGAUCAUUGGAGACUGCUGCUAUGAAGAGUACAAAGACCGGAGGAGAGAAAAUGCAGAGCGGAUCCAGGAUGACGAAGACAACGAUAACAACAAUGACUUGGUGACUCCGGACAUGACAAUGCGGGAGUCUAUGUGGCGGGCUUUUGAGAACCCUCACACCAGCACCAUGGCGUUGGUGUUUUAUUACGUCACAGGAUUUUUCAUUGCCGUGUCUGUCAUGGCCAACGUAGUAGAGACAGUGCCCUGUGGGAGUUCUCUCAACAGGGCCAAGGACAUCUCCUGUGGUGAGCGUUAUGCCCUGGCCUUUUUCUGCCUGGAUACCGCCUGUGUCAUGAUCUUCACCAUUGAGUACCUGUUGCGCUUGAUUGCGGCGCCCAGCAGAUACAAGUUUGUCAAAAGCGUGAUGAGCAUCAUCGAUGUGGUCGCCAUUAUGCCCUACUACAUUGGGUUGGUCAUGACCGACAACGAGGACGUGAGCGGGGCCUUCGUCACCCUACGGGUGUUCCGCGUGUUUCGGAUUUUUAAAUUCUCCCGCCAUUCGGCCGGUCUCAGAAUCCUUGGCUACACGCUGAAGAGCUGCGCUUCCGAGUUGGGAUUCUUGCUCUUCUCCUUGACCAUGGCUAUCAUCAUUUUCGCCACCGUGAUGUUCUAUGCGGAGAAAGGGUCGACAGCCAGCAAGUUCACCAGCAUCCCGGCAGCUUUCUGGUACACCAUUGUCACCAUGACGACACUGGGAUAUGGCGACAUGGUCCCCAAGACUAUCGUGGGGAAGAUUUUCGGCUCCAUCUGCUCCCUGAGCGGGGUGCUGGUCAUCGCCCUGCCUGUCCCGGUCAUUGUGUCCAACUUCAGCCGCAUCUACCACCAGAGCCAACGCGCUGAGAAACGCCGGGCCCAGAAGAAAACCAGGCUUGCUAGAAUUCGCGCGGCGAAGAGAGGCGGCGCUAGCGCCUAUUUGCAGUACAAACGCAAUGGGCUCCCGAGCGACGCACCGGACGAGGCGUCCAAGGAAGCGGGCCAGGCCCUGGUGUCCAAGGUUAACCCAACCUUCGAGUCCCAGCACCACCACCUGCUGCACUGCCUGGAGAGGACCACGAACCACGAGUUCGUGGAUGAACAGACGUACGAGACCAGCUGCAUGGAGAUGACGCUGGCCAACCAGACGCGGUCGCGCUCCUCCUCCGUCUCCUCCUCCCCGCACGGCCUUUCCUCCUGCUGCUCCCGCCGCAACAAGCGCAAGAGCUUCCACGUUCCCAACUCCACCACGGGCGGGGGACGCCACGGCAGCGUGCAGGAGCUCAGCACCAUCCAGAUCCAGGAGAGACCGCUAUCUAACAGUCGGUCCAGCUUGAACGCCAAACUGGAGGAGACGGCGCAGCUGAACUGCGACCAGCCGUUCAUCACGGCGGCCAUCAUCAGCAUGCCCACCCCGCCCGUGACGACGCCCGAGGGCGACGAGUCCGCCGGCUCGCCCGACUACUCGCAAAGCAACAUCGUUCGGGUGUCGGCGCUAUAGACUGCUCUUCCUCGCCGCGGUCAGAAGGCCUGGAAAGCGACGGACGGGACGGAGGGAGCCCACCCCUACCUUCACCACACGCAACCCCACCCGUGAGCGCCACCUGCUGGACGGUGAGGGGGGGAUUCCGGUUUACGGGAAAGUCUCGCUUUGGCGUGUCCUCCGGCAUUAGGAAGCAUCAUGUGUAACGUUCCAGGCCAACCCCAACUCGUGCACAACACCGUACCACUGACAGCAUGGCUCUCUCUUCGAGGGGGCAGUGCCAUCUGGUGAGCACCGCUAGGCUUUCAGCGUUAAUUCUUACACCCUUAGAGAAAAAUUAUUUUUGCAGCAUUACGUGUCUUUAAAUACGUCGUUUGACUUGGUCGGGGCCAGAGGGAAGGGUGGGGCAGCCGUUUUUUGUAACAGACAGCAGAUUAAUACGUGGAAGAUAUUGCGUAAGACAUUUAGCGUACUUUUCGACAACGUGAUGGGAGUUAACACACACAAAAAAAAAAAGCGUUUUGAUACUACUAGGCGUUCGGUGUUUGUGUACGUGACACAAAGCUCCUCCGUGUGCAUGUCCUGACAGCAGUGUGCGUUAGUCGGUCCGAUGUUCCCAGCUUCCCCCAGCAUGAGCAAUAAGGAUUCCGAAGUUGGCUUCAUUAUCUCUUAGCAGCAGACUCAACCUCACGGAAGUAGUCCCUGAACCACGGACCUUGGGUUCCGUUGGCCUUGUCGCUCUCCGCUAGGACGCGCGGCAGCCGAAAUGGAUCCCGCUUUACCGAUGGGCCGACGCGGACGUCUCCGGCGCCGCUUCGUCACAUUUCAUGUCCGGGCUGUAUCCGUUCUGUUAUUUUUCUUUUAAUUUUUGUCCUCUUUUCCCUCCGUAAGAGUCACCCCCGCGACGCCUGGUUCGAGUGCGUCCGUUUUCUUUUCGAUUCUUUAAAACGCCGUAGCGCCGCCGCUUCGCUCCGAGAUGAAACAUCUCAAAUGUUUCAACGCGACGAAUUUGCGACGCUUUCUCGGUCCGUACCGUGUUUAAUAAGCGCGCGUUCUGCGCGGCACUUUAAAAGCAGGACUCCAAAGGCUGUAGCGCCGGUGGAGGUGUUUCCGGUGGCCGGCAAAUCACCGCAUUAGCGAUGUAACCGUAGACGAAUCUUACUGUAAACUAAUGAACAUACGAACCUGUAAGGAGCUGGCCUUUGCCUCCUCCGGCGUCGGGAUAGCUAAGAAAUAUCAUGCAGCUGCGACGUGCCGGAAAACUACAGUAACGCGGAAAACCUUCAAUGGAUCCGAGCUUUCAUUCCUUAUUUCCUCAAGGAAUUUCGAAAGAUGUUUUAACGGAGCAGGCUUUGAUGAAGGAAGGAGAGCUGUGGUUGGGGCUACAACAGCUUAAAUUGCUGAAAGGCAAAGCUCGGUAACGACGAAGGUGCUUUUACUUCGUUAACCGAGAGGCCGCCGCACUUGCGACAUCUCGGUUGAAACGACGUUAACGUUCUGAGCCGCUCGGGUCCGCGAUCGGCCCGCUUUCGAAAGGCGCUUUCCCUCUUCGCUCAUUUCCGGCGCGGAAUUAAACGAGCGACGUCAACGCCGGGUUAUUUCAGACGCGUCGAUUGGAGAGAAGCCUGUAAAACCGUAUUUAUCGUUUGUCGGUGUCACGCAUUCGUCGAAGCGAUUCCUUCAUUUCCUGCGGAAGUUACAGCGCUGACUGGCCAGCGAUGGACUGCAGAUGACGCACCCCAUUGUGCUCCCUUGACUCUGCUGGAUAACGUCAAGAAACAUUCCCGCAGCUCCCUGGCUCACCUGAAUUAUGCAACAAAGGGUUUUUUUGUAAAGAUUUCCUUUAUAUUAAGAGAAGACAUAUUUAAAUAAGCUGAUGGUUGUGUUUCGGUGAUGAAAUCCAAUUUUUUUGUUUUUUUUUGUUUUUUUUUUAAAAGAAUGUUGACUGUGUUUAGUGCCCACGUGCCGUAAGUUGUUCCGUGUAAUAAAUAUCGAUCUCGGUUAGUUGUUUCUACACAUUUCAGUUGACGUUUGUAGUAUCUCAUUUUAGUUGGCGUUCCGACUCACAGCUUUUUACAGCUCGACGGUUUUAAAGGAGAGUCAUUGGGUAAACUGGUGAAUUGCAUGCGGUCAUCGAGGUACCGGGGUUUUUUUAUCGUGACGGAGAGGAGGAGCCCGGUCUCUGUUUUCCGUCUAUUAGCGGACAGUUUCAGAGACUUUGACAAGGUGUAGUUUGUGUUCAUGAGCCUGUGUGAGUUAACUAAAUUAUGAUAACAAUGAUUAGUUUCAAUUUGUUACAGCUUGUGCUAUGGACAAAAUAUGUAAGAUAUUGAAAAACUACAAGAAAAAAAAAAUCAAAUGCGUUGUUUGGUCCGGUGCAGUGUGUAUGAAUUAAAUAAAUCACUGUUCUAUUAAAAU